GCGGUGGCGCUGCGGAGACCGGGUCCAGACGCCAGGCGGCCGCCGGCGCGCACAGCGCUUCCUCGCUCCCUCCCCGGAGUGCACUGCCCGCCUCCUCGCGCGGCGCCGGCAGCCGCAGAAUCGCUCCCCCUUCCCGAGACGCGCUCCCGGAGACGCUCCGCGGGUCGCGGGCAGAGGCCGCGGCGUGGGAGUCGCGAGGCGCUGUCCUCUUCCCGGCUGGCGCCCCAUGCGCGCUCCUUUCGCCCGGGUUGUCGCCGCCGCUCCCCGGGGCUGAGACGUCCGCCUCGUCUCCUCCUGCCUGGUGACCUAGGCGAAAACCCAUCUGGUUGUGCGCCGACGCCGGUCGCCUCUGCUGAGUGGAAACAAAAUGUCAGUCAGCGUGCAUGAGAACCGCAAGUCUAGGGCCAGCAGCGGCUCCAUCAACAUCUAUCUGUUUCACAAGUCUUCCUACGCGGACAGCGUCCUCACGCACUUGAACCUUUUACGCCAGCAGCGCCUCUUCACGGAUGUCCUCCUCCAUGCUGGAAAUAGGACCUUCCCUUGUCACCGGGCCGUGCUGGCCGCGUGCAGCCGCUACUUUGAAGCCAUGUUCAGCGGCGGCCUGAAAGAGAGCCAGGACAGUGAGGUCAACUUCGACAACUCCAUCCACCCCGAGGUUUUGGAGUUGCUGCUUGACUACGCGUACUCCUCCCGGGUCAUCAUCAAUGAAGAAAAUGCGGAAUCGCUCCUGGAAGCCGGUGACAUGCUGGAGUUUCAGGACAUCCGGGAUGCAUGCGCAGAGUUCCUAGAAAAGAAUCUGCACCCCACCAACUGCCUGGGCAUGCUGCUGCUCUCUGAUGCGCACCAGUGCACUAAGCUGUACGAACUCUCCUGGAGAAUGUGUCUCAGCAAUUUCCAAACCAUCAGGAAGAACGAAGACUUCCUCCAGCUGCCCCAGGACAUGGUGGUGCAGCUCUUGUCCAGCGAAGAGCUAGAGACGGAAGAUGAAAGGCUUGUGUACGAGUCUGCAAUUAACUGGAUCAGCUAUGACCUGAAGAAACGCUAUUGCUACCUCCCAGAGCUGUUGCAGACAGUGAGGCUGGCUCUCCUGCCAGCCAUUUAUCUCAUGGAGAACGUGGCCAUGGAGGAACUCAUCACCAAGCAGAGAAAGAGCAAGGAGAUUGUGGAAGAGGCCAUCAGGUGCAAACUGAAAAUCCUGCAGAACGAUGGCGUGGUAACCAGCCUCUGUGCCCGGCCUCGGAAAACUGGCCAUGCCCUCUUCCUCUUGGGGGGCCAGACCUUUAUGUGUGACAAGCUGUACCUGGUAGACCAGAAGGCCAAAGAAAUAAUUCCCAAGGCUGACAUCCCUAGCCCCAGAAAAGAGUUCAGUGCAUGUGCAAUUGGCUGCAAAGUGUACAUUACUGGGGGGCGGGGGUCUGAAAACGGGGUCUCGAAAGAUGUCUGGGUUUAUGAUACCCUGCAUGAAGAGUGGUCCAAAGCUGCCCCCAUGCUGGUGGCCAGGUUUGGCCACGGCUCUGCUGAACUGAAGCACUGCCUGUAUGUGGUUGGGGGGCACACGGCUGCGACUGGCUGUCUCCCGGCCUCGCCCUCAGUCUCCCUAAAGCAGGUAGAACACUAUGACCCCACAACCAACAAAUGGACCAUGGUGGCCCCACUCCGAGAAGGCGUUAGCAACGCCGCGGUAGUGAGUGCCAAACUCAAGUUGUUUGCUUUCGGAGGUACCAGCGUCAGUCAUGACAAGCUCCCUAAGGUUCAGUGUUACGAUCAGUGUGAAAACAGGUGGACGGUACCCGCCACCUGUCCCCAGCCCUGGCGUUACACAGCGGCCGCUGUGCUGGGUAACCAGAUUUUCAUUAUGGGGGGAGACACAGAGUUCUCUGCCUGCUCUGCUUACAAAUUCAACAGCGAGACUUACCAGUGGACCAAGGUGGGAGACGUGACGGCAAAGCGCAUGAGCUGCCACGCCGUGGCCUCCGGAAACAAACUCUACGUGGUUGGAGGCUACUUUGGCAUUCAGCGAUGCAAGACUUUGGACUGCUAUGAUCCAACGUUAGAUGUGUGGAACAGCAUAACCACGGUCCCGUACUCGCUGAUCCCUACUGCGUUUGUCAGCACCUGGAAACAUCUGCCUUCUUAGGUGCGGGACAUCGUGAAGGAAGCGAGCGUGAGCUCACUCCAUCACUUGGCGAGACAAAACCAAGAUUUCGACUUUGGAGAGGCCAAACUUAAUGAGGAGGAAGAAAA